AUGCGUAGCUAUGUUGAAACUCAGAAUCGUCAAGAUAAUUUAGAAUUCAAGGAUGCUGACCUCAUUAAUGAUUUAAUUUCUGAAAAUACAGAAGCUACAAAGCGUUGUACCAAUAAGCGUAAGAAAUAUCAUUCAGAACCUAACUCUUCGCAACCGGAUACAGGGAAACGUCUUUUGUUUCGUGAGUUACAGGAAAGGUGCUCUGGCGCUGUGGUUGAAGAAAGCGAUGUUAUUGUUGGAAAAACAAAUACGAAACGUGGGAAGCCGAGGAAACGCGGAAAAGCUCGGUAUAAAAAUUUCAAUCCUGGUCAGUGA